GACCCGGAAACAAAAUCUUUUUAAAAAAGCUAUUCACGCUCUGGAGGGGCGGGGAAAUUGAUGUGCAGGGAGGACAGGACAGCUUCGCAGGUUGCUAAGCGACGAGGCGGGAGCGUGCGCACACCCAGGCCGUAGGGAAACACCUGAGAGCACUGUGGCGUCUGCGACUCCGAGACCUAGGACAGCCGGUCAUAGAUUCCUUCUGCCAUCAGAUGUCUUUCUGCUUGACUGAACUGCACCUGUGGUCUUUGAAGAAUACCUUACACAUCGGGGAUAGAGACAUCGGGAUCUACCAGUAUUAUGACAAGAAAGAUCCACCAGCAACAGAGCAUGGUAACUUAGAAGAAAAGCAGAAGCUGGCUGAGUCACGAGAUUAUCCUUGGACGCUUAAAAACAGACGCCCAGAAAAACUCCGAGACUCACUCAAAGAGUUGGAGGAGCUGAUGCAAAACAGUCAGUGUGUGCUGAGCAAAUGGAAGAACAAAUAUGUCUGUCAGCUCCUCUUUGGUUCAGGUGUGCUGGUGUCCCUAAGCCUUUCUGGGCCGCAGCUGGAGAAAGUGGUGAUUGACAGAAGCCUAGUGGGGAAGCUCAGCUCAGACACCAUCAGUGAUGCUCUUCUCACAGACAGUUUUAUCAUCUUAUCAUUUUUGGCACAAAACAAACUAUGUUUUAUUCAGUUUACCAAGAAGAUGGAUUCUCCUGAUGUAAACAAAAGACCAGAAAAACUCUCAGCCUUGGAUUAUAAGAUUUCCUAUUAUGAAAUACCUGGCCCAGUAAACAGGACAACAGAACGUCAUCUAGCUAUUAAUUGUGUUCAGGAUAUAGUUGUUUGCUGGUGGCCACUGGUCAGUGAUGACGUUUGGCCAUGGACCCCUAUUUCUUCUGAGAAGGACAGAGCCAAUCUGCUGCUCCUGGGUUAUGCUCAAGGAAGACUAGAGGUUCUGAGUUCUGUCCGCACAGAAUGGGACCCACUGGAUGUUUGCUUUGGCAUCAAACAGCCUUAUCAGGUGUUCACAGUGGAACGUUCCAUUAGUGUAGACAAAGAGCCCAUGGCUGACAGCUGCAUCUAUGAAUGUGUUUGGAACAAAAUCCAGUGUGUGUCAGUCACCAGAAUACCACUAAAAUCUAAGGCCAUCAGCUGCUGCAGGAAUGUUACUGAAGACAAACUAAUUCUGGGCUGUGAAGAUUCUUCAGUAAUUCUUUAUGAAACUCACCGUAGAGUGACUCUCUUAGCUCAGGCUGAACUUUUGCCUUCAUUAAUAAGCUGCCACCCAAGUGGUGCCAUUCUGCUAGUUGGCAGCAACCAAGGGGAGUUGCAAAUUUUUGAUAUGGCUCUCUCUCCUAUUAACAUCCAGCUCUUGGCUGAAGACCGCUUACCCAGGGAGACUCUGCGGUUCAAUAAGUUCUUUGAUGUUCCCAGCAGUCUUGUUCAAAUGCAAUGGAUAGCUCCUCAGGUUGUUUCACAGAAGCCUGAAAGUGGUGACAUCUGUGAUCUCCUCUUCCUCAGGUUUGACAGAGGACCUUUGGGUGUGCUUUUGUUUAAACGAGGUAUCUUCACUCAAGGACAGCUGGGCCUGGUAGACAUCAUCUUCCAGCAUAUUCACUGUGAUGAGAUCUAUGAGGCGAUAAACAUCCUGAGCAGCAUGAACUGGGACACUCUGGGCCACCAGUGCUUUAUCAGCAUGAGCGCCAUUGUAAACCAUCUUCUUAGACAAAAGCUCACUCCAGAGACAGAAGCACAGCUUGAGGCAAGCCUUGGAACUUUCUAUGCUCCAACAAGACCACUUCUGGAUACAACUAUCUUGGAAUAUAGAGACCAAAUCAGCAAAUAUGCAAGGAGAUUCUUCCACCACUUGCUCAGGUAUCAGAGAUUUGAAAAGGCGUUUCUCUUAGCUGUUGACAUUGGUGCUCGUGACCUGUUCAUGGAUAUCCAUUACCUUGCACUAGAUAAGGGUGAAUUGGCACUAGCUGAAGUGGCAAGAAAAAGAGCUAGUGACAUUGAUGCAGAAUCAAUAACCUCUGGAGUUGGCAUGACUUCCAUACGUCACAUCAACACUUUGAAGUAGCUGAGACCAACAAUGUGGGACCUCAUAACAUUUACCCUAAAAGAUAAGUUGCUGUGCUCACCCUCUUGGAUCAAGGUAACAAUCUUCUUUCCUGCUCUUUCUUACUUUGAGUAAGCUGUUGACACUUACUGAGUAUCCAAUUACCCCAUCAUUAUCUUAGUCUCCUGCCUUUGUCUAGUUCUAAAAAUGGAAAAAUAUUUUAAGAACAGCAUGGAAAACACUGUAUUUGGAAGGACAACAAAAUGUGAACUUGAAACUACAAAAAGAAUAAUGAUACCAAAAAUUUUUAAGGUUUGGAAUAAUUCCAUAAUUUGUAUGAAUAUUUAAUGAUGAAAGUAUGUGGUUUUCUCAAGCUAUUAGUAUAUCAUGGAUUUAAAAAUCACUACCAAAAGAUUUUAUUUUCAGUCUAGUGCUCUUACCAGUAAGUAAAAGUCAUUAAAUAAACUAGCAAGCUUAUGUUGUUACCAGUAUCAGUCUUCCACGUAACUUCAAGAUUUUGCCAAGAGCCAUCUUCAUGUAUAUAUUUUUUUCCUUUCCUCAUAAAUAAUCUUGGGUUGUAAAAAUAAUACAU